UUGUUCUUUGAGACUAUAGUAGCAUUUCUGUCGCUGCGCGGUGUAGUGUGCUUCACUUUGGAUAUUAUCUGUGUGCAAUCCUUAGUGACUUUUGAAUAUUAUUGUUACUGAAAUGCCGGUUAUGUUGUUUGAUUGUAAGAUGAAUCGUACGUUCUUUAAUCGUUGUAUAAGUACAUGUCCAGUUACAUGUUGAGUAUGUCGUGUGUGAAUUGAAUUAGUUUUGUGCCAAGUUAAAUAAUUAUGGAUCUAAUUACACACAUGGAUUAUACCGUGGCAAUAAAAGUUUGAUCAACAAACUCUGAGCAUAGCGCAAAACGAAAACUAGUGUGAGUCAGUGACAGUGCAUUUAAUAGUAACCAAAGUAAAAGAAACAAAUCCCAACCAAAUCUGAAACAAUCAGAAAAAAAAUUGAUUUCUCUGCUGACCGGAAAUAAUGUUAGUUCCAUCCGAUAUGAUUGCGGCACAAUCGAAAAUGGUUUAUCAAAUGAACAAAUACAGUUCGGAAAAGGUGCAGCUUCGCAAAGCAUCCAUACACAAAACAAUACAGGAAGUGUGCCGAAUCGUUCAGGAUGUUCUCAAAGAAGUCGAAGUGCAAGAGCCGCGAUUCAUAUCAUCGCUGAACGAAUAUAAUGGCCGAUAUGAAGGUCUAGAAGUCGUUUCACCGACGGAAUUCGAAAUUGUAAUAUAUCUGAAUCAAAUGGGAGUAUUGAAUUUUGUCGAUGAUGGUACGCUGCCUGGUUGCGCUGUAUUAAAAUUAAGUGACGGUCGUAAACGUUCAAUGUCUUUGUGGGUAGAAUUUAUAACUGCUUCGGGCUAUUUAUCAGCUCGUAAAAUUCGGUCAAGAUUUCAAACUUUGGUUGCUCAAGCCUGUGAUAAGUGUGCGUACCGCGAUAUUGUGAAGAUGAUUGCCGAUACGACUGAAGUUAAAUUAAGGAUUCGUGAAAGAAUUAUAGUUCAAAUUACGCCAGCAUUUAAAUGUGCCGGUCUGUGGCCAAGAUCGGCACAACACUGGCCACUACCCGGAAUACCGUGGCCACAUCCAAAUAUUGUUGCUGAAGUGAAAACAGAAGGUUUUGAUAUGUUAUCCAAAGAAUGCAUAGCAUUGCAGGGAAAAAAUUCUGCUAUGGAAGGUGAUGCAUGGGUGUUAAGUUUUUAUGAUGCAGAAAAUCGAUUACUACAAGGUGCAAGCCGACGGCGCUGUUUAAGCAUUCUGAAAACUUUACGCGAUCGUCAUUUGGAUAUGCCAGGAAAUCCCGUCUCAUCAUAUCACAUGAAAACGUUGCUCCUGUACGAAUGCGAAAAGCAUCCACGGGAAAUGGAAUGGGAAGAUAAUUGUUUAGCCGAUCGAAUAAACGGCAUUUUCAUGCAACUAAUAUCCUGUCUGCAAUGUCGACGAUGUCCGCAUUAUUUCCUACCAAAUAUGGAUUUGUUUAAAGGAAAAUCGCCCGGAUCGUUGGAAAAUGCAGCGAAAACUGUAUGGAGGCUUUUACGGAUUAUGUUAACGAAUACACGAUGUUUGGAGGAGCUUUAAGUGUACAUUUUUCCAUUCAUAAUUGGCCCUCUUUGUAAUACAUUAAAAACUCUUUUUUUUCGGUUCAAAAUCGCGUUAAUUAAAUUUUUGAUCAAAAUUUCGAAUGUUGUGUUAAUUUUGUUGUUAGCUUUUUUGUCAUUUCACGAAUUAUAUUAAACUGGUUUCGGAGUCGGAUCAGUACAAAAAAAAAAAAUGAAUAUGAACGAACGACGAGAAGAAGAUAUUUUAGUUAUAUAAUAAUGGUAUGUGUUCGGAAUUAAGUUAUUUAAGAAAUUACGAAUUUUUUUUUGUUUGUUUUCGAUAAUGACUUUCUUAAGUAUAAUAUUAUUCAAAAAACCGUAGUGUGGUUAGUGAUUUAUUUAUUUAAUUAAUUAGGUGUAUAGAUUAUUUGUUUUAGUGAGCGAAUUUUCGUUUAGGA